AUGUUGUCAUCCAUUGCACGUUCUCUCUCCAUCCUUCCAGCAGUUGACUGCGUCUACGAUAAGGCAAAGUAUGUCUUCGCUAUUGAACUCCCAGGUGCUAAGAAGGAUGACAUCCUUUUACACGCAGAGAACAACCAGAUUUCUGUUGAAGCCAAGAAGGACAAUCCAUUCAAGGAUCUCAAGGUUUCCCAGUCAGAUAGACUCUACGGCAACUACGAAGUUGUUUGUAGCGUUCCUUCUGAUGCCGAUAUGGAGGCAAUCAAUGCUGCUUUCGCUGAUGGUGUUCUUACGCUUACAGUUCCAAAGUCUACAAAGAAGCAAGUUAAGAUCAACAUUGCUUAA